UCUAACGCCCGAAAGCCGAUCUGGAACUGAUCCUGCAGUCAUGACGUCCAUGGCGGCCAACGGGGCGAUGAAGCUCGGCGAGCUACCGGCCCUGGAGGACGUUCCCCCAAGUGAACGCAUGCGACUGUUCCGCCAGAAGCUCAAGCUCUGCUGCGUGCUGUACGACUUCACCGACAUGCGCAAACAGGUGCGCGAGAAGGAGGCCAAGCGCAAUGCGUUGUUGCAGAUCGUGGAGUACAUUUCAGCUGGUAAGGUGGCUUGGGACCCCUCAGUGGUGGCUGAUCUGCUCGAAUGUGUGGGCUCCAACAUCUUCCGUCACUUGGGACGCAGCUCCAACCUCUCAACGAUAAACGCCAAUGGCAACGCUGAAGCUGCUCCGGAAGACGACGAACCUAUGCUGGAGCCGUCGUGGCCCCAUAUGCAGUUGGUGUACGAGAUCUUGCUGCGUUUCGUGCUGUCAAAGGAGGUGGACUCCAGGACGGCCAAAGAAUACUUCAGCAAGAAGUUUAUGAUCAAGCUGUUGAACUUGUUUGAUUCUGAGGACCCUCGGGAGAGGGAUUACCUAAAGACAAUUCUGCACCGCAUCUACGGCAAGUCGAUGGCGCUGCGUUCGUUCAUUCGCCGCUCGAUCAACGACAUGUUUUACACGUUCGUGUACGAGACGGAAUCACUCCAGGGCGUGGGUGAGCUACUGGAAAUCCUAGGAAGUAUCAUCAACGGUUUUGCUCUACCACUUAAACCUGAGCACCAGAAUUUCCUCGAGCGCGCUUUGAUCCCCCUGCACACGGCAGGGAAUCUCGCCAUGUUCCACCAGCAACUUGCCUACUGCACCACGCAAUUUGUUGAAAAGGAUCCGCAGACGGCGGAACCAAUUAUCAUGGGGCUGCUCAAGUACUGGCCGGUAACUGCAAGCGCCAAAGAGAUUUUGUUCCUGAACGAGCUUGAGGAGAUCAUCGAGAUGAUCCAGAUGGAGCAGUUUGCGGCAGUGAUGCGGCCGCUGUUCCUGCGGAUAUCGCAGGCCGUGUGCAGCAGCCACUUCCAGGUCUCUCAGCGCGCCUUAUAUUUAUGGAAUAACGAGGCACUGGUGCGGCUUGUGAGCGCGCGACGUGCCGAGAUCUUGCCGCUGAUCUUUGGGGCGCUGUACCGCAACUGCGAGAACCACUGGCACAGCACCGUCCAGACGUUGACGUACAAUGUGCUCAAGCUAUUCAUGGAAAUGGACUCGCAGCUCUUCGACCAGUGCUCGGCGCAGUUCGAGGAGCGCGAAGGAAGAGCGCAGCAGACGACGGAACAGCGCCAGCUCAAGUGGGCAGCCUUAGAACACCGCUUGCAGGCGCAAGGACCGAUGUGA